AGUCAAUGUUUCAAUAGUAAUAAGCUAAUACUUUCAACAAUGAAAGCUACAAUGAUAUUACAUGAAAGCUCUUCAAACAUUGUUUACUUUUGCGGAGACAGAGAAUUUAUUGCGCAUUUCAGGAAAAUAAACAGCGAAAGGCAAAGGAAUGCCGGUUACCCGUCGGAGAGUUUUGCCCUCGAGGAUUUGGUGGCCCACUUUUUCGGGCUUCCUUCGUUGUUUUUACAAAUGAAGGCUUGUCACACACCCUAUCAUGGUUUUACAACAGAAACGAACGUCAAUGUCCAAGUGGCUCAAUUCGUCGGUUUUUUCUACGUGGCCUUCGACGACAAACGAGACCUGGAGUUCCUGCACCGUAAACUGCACGUGUUGAAUGGCAUCAUAGUCUGGUUCAUUGGCCCCACUAUGAAGUACUCAGUGGGGGGCAAGAGUGGCUCCAAGUGCAAACUGUGUCCGGAGUGGGAUGCCAGAUUCCCGAAUGCACAGAGGGAAGCAUGGUACACUGUGAGUUGUUUUCUGGAAAUCUGGGAGUACCUGUUCUUCACUGACCAGGCAUUCAUGCUGGAGGCAUACGACAAAUUCGUGGUCAACUUCAACGUCACUUCCAAAUACAAAGACAUUCUAGAAAUUGUGACGCAUACUGCGCGUAUUGACAAACUGGCUCCCAGCUGCUCAAUCAUCUUCGUCAAAAACAAAAUCUUAGAGUGUAAAGAAGCUAAAGACCCGACAAAAGACAUUUUACACUCUAGCGAUCUAUUACUUAUAUUAAUACUGGUUAACUUUUUACAUCCCACUAAAAAACUUCUUCAUGCUAUGAGGUAUAUUGACUCAAAAAAUGGUUAUAUUUACCCUGAUACCUUUUUUGACCCCCCUAGAAACGAAGUUAGCCCCCCUAGUUCGCCGAAUGGAUUGGUUCCUAGCGACGAAGACGACGAGGAAUCGUCGAAAUAUUCAGAUGCGACGAGCGAGAAAGGCUCCUUUCCGAAACGGAGUAUGAACAGACGGUAUCGAAAAGGCCACGACACGAGAACACAGAGUCAGUAUUUUGAUGCCAGCGAAGAAUUUUUCAGUAAUAGCUUGGACCAAUCACAGCAAAGCACGAAUGGUGAUGAGGAGACGAGCAUCAAGAUUUCCGAUGAGUUUGGGAUACGAAUGAAUACAACAAAUGCAACCUUAGUAACAGCUACCAAAUUUUCAUCACUUGACGAACAGUUUCUCUUCGACGAAACCACUUCAGAUUUCAAUAACGACACGACUUCAAAUACCGAGCAAUCGGCAUCGUCGCGGCAAAAUACUCGGAAAACCCGAUCACGAACUCUUCCUCCAGUAUCAGUCGGUUUGAGCUUUGAUGAACUUAAUCUUAGAGGUCAUAAGAACUCAGACGGAAGCGGAAGUGGUGGCAAAAUGUCACGAACGGUGACCUUGCUUGACCCUGGAAUCCCAGAAACACCUGUCAGAAGUGAUCCUCAAUUUAUAAUUCCAGAACCGAAAAGUUCCAUCCAAAAUGGUGGACCUCGUUCUGACAAUGGAUCACCGUUGAGUAAUGAUUAUGCAACCGACUACGUCACAGAUAUGAGUAAUAAUUUCGGGUCACCAGGGGGUUCAAUGGGUUCGAUUCCAGAGGUGGAUGACCUUAAUGAGUCGUGUGGGACAAUGUUUAGUGAAGCGACGACAACAAUCAAUGGGGACAACGCAGAAACAGGAGCGUCUCAUAGACUUACAAGGGAGGACUUACAAUAUCUGCCGCUAAGUCCUGUUCUGAUGGCCAAUCUUCGCAAACAGAACCAUGCGACUCUAGUGAACUGCAUGAGCAAGAGUGGAGAUGCCAGAAUACCCACCAACCUAUUCUUCGUACGCAUUGCAGUGCGAGACGUGAUGCUGAUGUUUGCGACAACACACCAGCACCAACAGCUGGCCAGAAGCAUCACCAAAAUGGUACAGGCACUGGACAUCAUCCGAGCUAAGGGGGUCAUUGUGGCCAUCAAUCCACACCAGCUGUCAUUACAAGGUAUGCAGCAGACACACGAGGAGAUUGCGAAUGCCUUUGCGGAGGAAGACAACAACUGGAAAGAGAUGCAGCACUUCUGGAGCAACUGUGUCAGUCGGGGUCUGGCCAAGUACCUGUCCAGAGUCACCACCCAGUUCGGGGAGAAACUCAGUCAUCCCGUCAGCGACGAACUGGAGAGUGCCCUGGAAAACUACCAGAACUGCCUGAAGAGGCUGUACGAAAAAGUGUUCCUGGGCUCUACUUUCGGUAUGCCCAAUGUUAAGCCAGAUGACUUCAGGGACUUCUGUGCCCAGAUAUCACACAACUUCAUGACCAGGGUCAGGACUGAGCAUGGAUCCAGAAAAGACUUCCACAACUUCAUCCAGGGUCGCAUGGCCGGAUUCAAGGUCAUUCUGAACUCAUUUCCAAUCACACAUCCAGGACUAAUUCACUUCAUACACGUGAAUAGAGCGACCAAUCAGAUUACAGCACCCAGACUUACAGAGGAGAAAAAUAGGGCCCUGAUGAAACAUCUGUGGGGUUUCGUGGGCAAAUGCAGACAGCUGUUGGGGAGGAGGGCCAGCUGGGCAGUGUGGAGGGGGAGGGAGUUCACAUUCUCCUAUUCCAUCUCAUUCGAGAACAGACAGUAUCUGGACAAAGUGGGGUCAGAUAAGACAGUGACGGAGGAUCAAAUGGACAACAUUUUGGACAGCAGGCCUGUUGGAUUUCUCUCUUUCAACACCUACCACCAACUGAAACACUCCCUGUUUCCGGCAAAAAGACCUGGAUUCGACAACAUAGUCGCCACCGAGACAUUCUGCAUACAUUUGCAUGAAUUACCCACUGGCUUUGCACUUCGACAGAACAGGCGGAUAUCGGAUAAUGUAUGGGAUGCGUGUUAUAGGAAAGGAAUUUCUUUAGCAUAAUUGGAAAUAGAAAAAAACAGCGACAUUGAAUUAAUGUAGUUGUCAAUUUUUGAGUUUAUAAUUUUUGUGAACUUAUGUAAAGUUAUAGUCAAUACA